AUGCGAUUUGUGAGAACAAGUUUUAUUUAUAUAGUGCCAACUGAUGCUAUUGUCUUCUACUCUACGAUGAGGAAGAAUGGUCCAUGGACACAGAACAGUGGUAGUACACAGGGUGGUACUAUGCUUUGGAUCUAUGGUAAUCGAUUUGCACAAACUGGUUUCAAUACAGUACCUUCAACAACGAACACCAAUUUCGUACAAUUAGUGGAUGGUUAUUCAGUUCAUAACUGUACAAUACACGAAGACAAAGUGACCAAUACACAAUUGACAUGUUAUACACCAAAAAUGCCUGAAGGUGUCUAUCAAAUUCGAGUCUAUGUAAAUGAAAAUUUGAUUCCACUCUAUCAAUACUAUGAUCCAAAGAGAGCGACAUUCGUACCAAUGUCAAGUCAAACACCAACCAUCACAGGAAUUACACCAUUGACAGCAACACCACGUUCGUUGAUUUCACUUUCAGGUUCAUUUAAAUCACCAUGUUUUUCACGUGAUAUGGACGGCUGUUCUCAAGAUAACAAUCCACUUAUCUCUCGUAUUUACAUGGGUGGUCAACUAUGUAAUGUGAUUAAUCCAAUUACCGGUGCCAAUUAUUCGGAAGUAACUGAUAGCAAUCUUCUAUGCAACUUCGAUAGUAACGAAGUUGGCGUUUUCAAUAUAAGCAUGAUCGUUACAAAUGAAUAUGGACGUUCAAUGGUUCGUUCGGACCUCUACCGAAUAUCUGCUACUGGUCAAUUAUAUAAUUUUCAAACUUAUGCAAUUGUUUCAAGUGUAUCACCAACAAUGGGCAGUAUAGAAGGUGGUACAACAUUAGUUGUUAGUGGUCAAUAUUUCAGUCAUACUACUCAAUAUCCAAUCAUAGUCCAAGUUGCUGGAGAAAUCUGUAUAAUUUUAAAUGUCACUUUGACAACAAUUCAAUGUAGAACACCUGUCAAUCCAUCUCUAGGUCGUAGUCAAUAUCAAGGUGGACGAGGUCUUCAAGUGUUUUCUGAUCAGAUCAUAGCAUCAAUGAGCAGUGUGAACCCACAAAUGCCUAGUAUAAAUGCGAAUCAAACAUGGAUUGAUGAUGCAUUAUAUGUAUCCACAUCAUCAACAAACGAAACUGUAUGGAUUAUUGGAUUUAUUCGUGUUCCAACGACGGCAACCUUCUCAUUUAUUCUAAAAACUAAUGGCUAUGGAGCUUUGUUUUUAAGCACGAAUGAUAGUCCAAUUAAUAAGACGAAAAUUGCUGAUGCCACUUCUGGAUAUCAAUCUAGUCCCAUUGUUUUGCAAAACAAUACCAACUACUAUUUAUUAUGUGUUGGUUCUCGAAUCGGUGGCAAUUUAAGUAUAUCAAUACAAGCGAGAAUGCACGAAACAACAUUAACAGCAGGAACAUCAAGUUUAGUUACGAAUGAAAUUCAACGCAUCGAUAUCAAUGCUACUGUUACUAAUGAAAAACAGAGCAUCAUAUAUACAAUGAAUUCAACAAGCAAUGGAACAGCUGAAGUGCAAACGAUUGCAAUUGAUAAUUCAACAUUUCAAAUUGGUUUCUAUGGUGUCUACACAGGUCUACUCAAUGGACGACCAACAGCUUCACUUGUCCAAGCUGCUCUCAAUGAUUUACCAACUAUCUAUCCAUUGUCUGUUCGAGUAGAAUCGACUAGUUCACUUUAUAUUAUUACAUUUCCUGUCGAAAUGGGUGACGUUCCAUUACUCAAUGUUAUUUCUACAGCAGCCAAUGAACCUAAUGUCACUGAAACAAUUCAAGGUGUUGCAUCAGGUACCAAACUAGCUUUUCAACUGGAUGGAGCAACAACACGUUAUCUUGAUUUUGUUAACAACAAUCUUACACAAGCAAAUUUGACUUCAGCUAUUAAUGAACUAUUUACCAUUCGAUGUCCAGUUUCUCUCAACAAUCCACAAGCUACAUCAUCGAUUGUCUAUGUACAAGAAUUCGAAACUGGUUGCAUUUUUGAUGAGACACGAAUUACAAGCAAUGCAUUUUGUGGCCAAUGUUCUCUCACAGGCAACACACUUGUGUCAGGAAAUACUCGUUCAGCAAAUUAUCUUUGUUUUGCUUACAAAAUUUUCAAUUCGUAUGUUACCGAAAUUGGUCUUGGUAUACAAAUCAAUGGUGACACAACAGCAACCUAUUGGACAUCAAUUUCAUUUAGUCCAGUUGCCGAUAAAUUUUGGCAUUAUACAUGUGUUGAUGUACGUGCUACACUUACUUCACAAUCAUCCAUGUAUUCGACAGCAUUCUCAUUCGUUAUCAUUAAUGCAUGGCUCAAUCAAAACAUUCGACAAGGUAUUAUGAUUGAUACAGUUACAGUGCGUACAGUACUACCUAUCGGUUAUGAAGAUCAAAGUCUAUAUCCUAUCGAUGGAGCAUCAAAUUUCAGCUCGUGUACUUUCCCAUUCUACUAUAAUGGUGAAUCCUAUUCGGCAUGUACACUAGAUAAUAAUAGUAUGGCUAUUUGUGCUAAUAUUCUUAAUCAAACAUUUCAAUGUCAAAGUUCAUCGAUCGAAGGCGUUCGUCGACUCUAUCCAAAACGACAACUAGUCUACAAUACAUUACAAGUGGCAUAUACUCCAGUAAACUCUACAAUCAAUAUUUCAUUUCGAUACAGCGAUUGUUCGAGUCCAACGUUAUUUUCCACAUUACCUGCUACAAGUUCAAUAGUAACAUCAAUUACACAAGCAUCUCCUGCCGCAAGUGGAACAUUUGAUUUGAAUUUUAAUGGACAAACAUAUUCAUCAAUAUCAGUCAACAUUGAUCCAAUAGAAUUGAUCAAUAGACUUCAAGCAUCAUCUGAUUUCGGUUUUCUAAAAGUAACUCGUUCGCGUGACUGUACAGGCUAUUCAUACACAAUAGAAUGGUUGUCCAACGGUGGUCAAAAAUCAAAUAUUUUAGUUUCGAAUACUAGUGGAGGGAUGCCCAUUGGUACAAUCGUCACAUCAUCGGUCACACAACGAGGUGGAAUUCUAUUCAAUCCUUUACCGGGUGAUAUAACACGAACAUAUCAUACAACUCCUCAGGUAGAAGUAUUUGUGGGUGGUUAUCUAUCUAAAUGUGCGAACACGAAUAAUAGUUGCCAAUUUGAAUGGUCACUCAUACAAACUCCAACAGUAUCGAGCAUUGUGCAGAGUGGAAUGACUUUAUCAAUCACUGGCACUGAUUUCAGUACAGUUCUUGACGACAAUAUUGUGUUAAUCGAUGUGAUCAAUUCAUGUAUUGUCACAGCGGCAACAUCUACUUCCAUUACAUGUACUAUCGACAAUGCUCCUUCAGGUACUUACACUCUAAGCGUAAAUGUUGUUGGUAAAGGUUUAGCAUCUAACAGUGCUAAUUUGACGGUUACUAUUCCUUUGCAAAUCGCAUCAUUUUCACCUAGUCAAGGAGGAGCAGGUGGAGGCUAUCUAUUAACAAUUAUGGGUACUGGAUUCUCAUUGACUACUGUGGUGACUGUCGAUAAUAAUUUGUGUUCGAAUGCUCAGAUAACUAACUUUUCCUUGAUUACAUGUAUUGUACCUGCCACAACGGCAAUAAGCAAUCAACAAGUUGUCGUAUCGGUUAUUGUCGAAUCGAAUAUAGUCAAUGCAUCUUCAUUAUUUACUUAUGAUAUAACCAAUACACCUAAUAUCUGGUCCAUAAGUCCAACUCUCGUCACUAUGACUCCUGGUCAAUUAACCAUAGUCGGAAACCUAUUUGGAAAUACUUCAGUUUCAGUUUCAGUUGGUUCAAUAAAUGCUGCUGUAAUAUCAACAACAUCGACUCAGAUAGUUGCCAAUUUACCUUAUUUACCUCCUGGUCGUUAUCCAAUAAUGGUUUCUACAAUGAAUGGUUUUGCAAGGCCUCCUGUUUAUAUCGAAUAUUAUUUUUAUGUUCAACAAGUUUCUCCACAAGUUGGCUCAUUAUAUGGUGGCACUGAUGUAUACGUUCAAGGGGAAGGUUUUGAUAACUCAACAAGUAUCACUUUUUGUGAUAGCAACAAUCGUCAAAUGCCAUGUAAAAUAAUCUCUGUCCAGUCAAGUCUUAUUCAUUGUCAAACAACACCUGCAGUUCCGGAAAUGAUCAUCACAUCGAACGGUGUCGAUCCAACGUAUGGUACUGGUUUUGCUUGGUCACCUCAAUAUGCAACAGUACAGCAGGGUGCACUUGUUACAUGGCAGUGGGGUUCGUCGGCGCUCUUAUCAUCACUAAAAUACAAAGUACAACAAGUAGCUAAUGCAUAUGCUACAGAACCAUUGUCGAACGGAUUUGAUUCAGGCACAGCCACAUCAUCUGGUUCUUUUUCUUAUCAAUUUGUUACAUUGGGCACCUACUAUUACUGGUCGACAGUCGUCGAUCAAGCUGGUAUAAUUAUUUUGCGUGGUGUUAUUACAGUAGUAGAUGCUCAACCACAGAUUCUCACUGUUCAAGCCAUCUCAAAUUCAUUUACUGCUCAAUCAUGUGUCUUCCCAUUCACUUACAAUUCUGUUAGUUAUACAGCAUGCACAACAAUGAAUGAUACUCAACCAUGGUGUUCUCCAUCAUCGGUGUAUACAGGUCAACGAUUAUAUUGCACACCAAGAACUUCUGUGCCAGUUUCAUCAUGUGGUUCGAGUUCGAAUCUUAAUCCAAGUUUAUGUCUUCAAACAGUACCUUCAGCAAUUCCACUUGAAUUUCUUUCCACGUCAUGUACACUUGGUUCAGUGACUUUAAUUUCACCUGUUCAAGGCACUGCUGGAACAACGAUCAUAAUCACAGGAACCGGCUUCAGUACAGUAGCAUGUGAAAAUGAUGUUCAAAUUGGAUCAUCUUAUCAUUGCCCAAUAACAAGUGCUUCAUCGACACAACUUCAAUGUCAAAUCGGUGUUGGAUCCUUAAUCAAUGCUAAGACAAGGCAAAUAGUACAAGUGGCUCGUGAUCGUCAGGGUUAUUUAACUAGUGAUGGUCAAUUAUGCUUUCAAUUUCAAGCAUCUAUCUCGAAUGUUUCUCCAAACUUCGGCACUGAAGUAACAAUAAAUGGCGAUGGUUUUAUGCCAGGUGACACUCGAUUGAUUAUCGCUGGAACUGAUUACUCCAAUAUAGCUAACAUUUCAUAUACACGAAUAGUUUUUACUACACCAUCUCAAAUGACUUACAUAAAUCAAAACUUGACAGUGGUAGUAUUGAUCGGUAUGAAUGAGGCUAUUUGCUUGAAUACAUCUUGUACUUUUCAAUGGUCAACAAGUAUCACACCAUACCUGGAUUCUGUAAGUCCAAAUCAAAUUAGCGGUCCAACAGCACUCACAUUGACCGGAAGAAAUUUGAUUGUUGGUGGAGGAUCAGCUUCAGAUACUCUCGUAACUAUCAGUGGUAAUCCUUGCAAUAUCACGUCGAUGACGAACACACUCAUUGGUUGUCAAUUAGGUGACAUCGAAGCUGGUAAUCAUUCAAUUGCUGGAUUGAUCAAUGGCGUUGGAUUUAUUAUUUCGACAGUUCAUCUAACAUCGACGGCAAUUCUAACUGGCGUAUCACCAAGAAUGAGUGGUAUCUAUGGUGGUAUUCUUCUCAUUAUCACAGGUAAUGGAUUUUCAAGCAACAUUAGUAAUAUUCGAAUUAUGGUCGGCUCGAAUCAAUGUCGACUUGUUCAAGCUACUACAAGUCAACUUCAAUGUACAGUUCCACCCCAAGGUAGUCAAUCAUCUGUAGUCAGUAUUGCAGUCACUUCGAAUGGAAUUACUUUGCCUGGAUCAUUCUCAUUUGUCUAUAAUUCUUCUAAUACACCCUAUGUGUCUUCAGUGAAUCCAACAUCAGGAAGUGUCUCUCAAUCAUUGACCAUUAAUGGUAGCAACUUCAUUCUUGGCCAAACCAGCGUUUUCGUGGGCAACAGUUUAUGCAACAUUAAUAAUGUUUCAACAACAUCUAUCACAUGUACAUUGGGUUCAAGUUCAGCAGGUGUGCAGCCAGUGACUGUUUACGUAACAACAACUGGAAAUUCAAAUUCAGAUGUUCAAUUCACUUAUAUAUUGCAAGUUACUAGUGUUUCUCCGGCGCAAGGUAGUUAUGGUGGUGGUCAAACAGUAAGAAUCACUGGUGACGGAUUCAAUGCAACAAAUACAUCCGUCAGUGUAUGCAAUCGAUUAUGUCAAACGAUGACUAUAGUUUCGAACACAGAACUUUUAUGUAUUACUCCUUCAGCUACUCUAUCGAUCUUGAAUACAUUGUGUAAUUUGACAGUAAGCGUUGAUGCACUUGUUCGCAGUGUUUCAUUUGUCUAUCAAGCAAAUUUAACGGCAAUUAUUACUAAUGUAAGUCCAACUCGUGGUGGAACAGGUGGUGGUACUACACUUACCAUCAAUGGAACCAAUUUUCCAAGUUCGAUCAAUGUUGUAUCAGUGAGCAUUGCUGGAAUACCAUGUAUUGUACAGACCAUUAAUCCAACAGGCAUGACAUGCUUGACUGGUAGUUAUCAAGGAAUAACAGUCUUAGCUCCGAUAAUUGUUUCUAUUAAUGGAUCGGGUAAUGCAGUUGGUUCACCUGUAUUUCAGUAUAUCGAUCUAUGGUCAAGUCCAUGGACAUGGGGUGGCAAUGCACCACCUGAAGAAGGCACAAUUGUUUUGAUUAACAAUGGCAAGACAGUCUACUUUGAUACGACAACACCUACUUUAAAGGCAAUUAUCAUCGACAAUGCUUCAUUGAUUUUUGACGACACACGAGACGUUGCUCUCAACGCUGAAUAUAUCUUAGUAGUCAAUGGUGGUCUGUUUCAAGUCGGUACAGAAUCAAAUCCAUUUCAACAUCGAGCUGUCAUCACUAUGUAUGGUCAUUUGCGAUCAAUUGAAUUACCUAUCUUUGGUGCUAAAGUUUUGGCUGUACGUGAAGGUAUUAUUGAUAUGCACGGCAAACCUACUGUGCAAAUGUGGACACACUUAGCAAUGACAGCCGUUAAUGGAUCGUCAACAAUUACCCUUCGUCAAGCUGUCGAUUGGACAGUUGGAAGCGAGAUCAUAAUUGCGACUACAGGUGAUUAUCUAAGUCAAGGUGAAAGUGAAAAACGUACAAUAACAGGUAUAUCAAACAAUGGACUAACACUAACAUUGAAUACGCCGCUUAAUUGGACUCAUUUGGGUGUCACUCAAAAUUUGGGCUCGAUAUCUAUUGAUGCUCGAGCUGAAGUUGGUCUUUUAUCACACAAUGUCGUUUUUCAAGGUUCUGUAACAGAAACAUGGAAUCAAACGAUCAAAGCAUGUCCAGGAGAUGAAUUCGCCAUUCAAACCUGUUUUCUUGGUCGAUAUGGUGAGGAAAUAGGUUCAGAUCAAUUUGGUGCUACAAUAAUGGCUAGUGGUGAUAUGGAUAAGAUUAGUAAUGGUCAACAAGUCAUUCUUCGUUUGUCCAAUAUUGAAGUCACUAAUCCAAAUAAUACAGUCGAACAUAAUGCAGUAGCUGGUGGCACUCAUUUCGGUUAUUGGUAUCGAAUGCUUCGUACUCCCGAUGGACCAUCGUUUGCAAUGUACCCAGACUUCUGUCCAUAUCGGCAGCCAUUCGGACGAUUUUUCAAUAACAGUGUUCAUAGUUGUGGUCAAUUUGGUGUAUGGAUUUUUCCUGAGUAUGUAUCAACAGUUGGUGGAAGCUGUUGGGCCGAUGCACCAAAGCAACCAGUCUUCGAGCGAUUGACUUCAUGGAGAAAUACCAAAGGAUUCGAAGCAGUUAUGUCAAAUGUAAUUCAAGUGAAGAGUGCAGUCGUUUUCGAUAAUAUUGAUAUGGGCAUUGCAUAUCUCACUGCUAUUGAUCACCGAGAAACAAAUUUACCUAAUCUUCGAGCCACUUUUUAUGAUAUAAAUACAGGUGCAUCUGUCAUUGACAGUAUUAUCAUUGGUGAUUCCAAUUUAGCGGAUAGUCCAGUGAUUCCUUGGCGAGGUGGCCUUGUUGUUGUUUGGGACCGUGGUCUACGCGUUCGAAAUGUUUCUUUUAUAAAUUUUCAAAGUUCACAAACUCAAGCGAUGCAUGGACCGGUAAAAGCUGGAAGAUGUGCCGUUUUUUGUGGAGGCUGGACCACUAAAUUUUCACAAAUGUCAUUUACAAAUGUCACUAAUCGUGCUCUCUUUCGAUGGCCAUAUGAUGGUUUGUAUUUGGAUGAAGAUGGGACAUUGGGUGGCUUGCCAAAUGCUACAAUUAUGCCCCCAGAUAGUCUAUGGAAUACAUCCACUGCAUGUGUUCCAGCAAGCAAUUUUCUCAAUGCGAUUCGAUGUCCAGCCUCGUUGGGUAGAUGGCUACGGUUCGCUUUUAAUGGAGCUAACUUAGGUCAAAAUGGUGAACCACUAGUUGUCUACGACAUGUCAAAUCAUUCAACAGUCAUUCCUUAUCUCAGGAAACGAUUAACUCAUCCUUUUGGCUAUAUGGCUGUAUUACAAGCUAAGCAAACAUAUACAUUGGAAUUUGUUAACGCAAAUAGCACGGUUAACUUGUCGUAUACAGGAGCUGUUUACGAUUUAGCAGCCGGUGAUUAUCUCAUCUUUCGACAUAAAGUUGCUUAUCUUCCUGAUCAAGUAUAUACUGUAUCAAGUUUGACAAUGACUAGACAAUCAAGUACGCCUCUCUCAGGUUUAACCAGUAACAAUGGUGACUGGUAUUAUGACAAUGUUACAACAUACUUCUACUAUAUUGUUAAAAAUCCUUCGAAUAAUGCAACAUCUAUCGACGUAGUUAUACCUUUAAAAGUGAUAAAAUGUCGCUAUCCGAAUUGUGAAUAUCCAUCACAGCCCGCAUUCGGGUCACCAGCAACGGUUCGUCCUUCUGGUGCAUUGUUUUGGUCGAACGAUUCGCAUUGGUCGUUUGCAACACAAGGCUUCGGUGGUUUUGGUGCUAUCAAACCUGGAAAUGAUACAGAUAUUUAUAUUCCACGUGGUGUUUGGCUCGUAGUUGAUUAUCCAUUGCCCCGUAUUCUGUCUCUACGAAUUGAUGGUGUUCUAGAAUUCGAACAGGGUAUGAACAAUAUUCUUUAUGUAAAUAGUGUUUUCAUUAAUGGAGGUUGGCCUAACAAUCCACUAAAUUCCAGUGUCGAUAUUGUCAUUACGGGAGAUGCAGUGAUGAAUGUAUUGUUGCCAAAUGAUGAAGGAUCAAUGGGAUCGAAAGUUAUUGGUGUCUUCGGCGGUCUUGAUCUACAUGGUAUAAAACACAAUAUUACAUGGACAAGACUAGCCUCUACAGCUUCUUCGGGUCAAAACACCAUUAUUCUCAUUGAACCGGUUGAUUGGAUAGUCGGAGAUGAAAUAAUUAUUACAACUACAGAUACUAACAUACAACAUACUGAACGACAUCGAAUAGCCUAUGUUGGUGCUGGUGGAACUACGAUAGUAACAGUAAAUCCACUUGAUUACACACAUAUUGCCAUUCGAAAUGUAUUUCCUAAUGGACAAGUACUCAAUAUAUCAAGUGCUGUUGGUUUAUUGUCACGAAAUGUGCGUGUUAUCAAUCAAAGUCCAGCAUCAGAUCUAUUUGGCUAUCGAAUACUUGUUACUGACUAUGCAACAAAUGUUUGGAAUCCAGUAGCCAAUGAAUCUAUCUAUACUUAUUACAAAGGUUAUGCUCGAAUAUCGAAUACACAGUUUAUUGGUUACGGUCAAUUUUUCGAUGCACCCGAUGAAGAUAAACGUGAAGGUAUUCACUUAUAUAAUCUUGGUGAUUGGAAUGCAUCACGACCGACCUAUGUUGAUUCAUGUUCAUUUGACGGUGGAUCAUACUCAGCAAUUGGCAUUUGGAAUGCAAGCGGUGUUCCGAUUACCAACAAUAUCAUCUACAAUACAUAUCAAUCAGCUAUUGUAAUUACAGGCAAAAAUAAUAUCAUCAAUCACAACCUUGUUGCCACUGUCUAUUGGUCGGGUACUGCUCAACCUGAAUAUGCUGAAUUUAAUAUAAAUUAUGACGGUGCAAUAAUGUCUCGUGAUGCUAUCAGUGUUGUUAUGAGAGAUAAUAUGGUUGCCGGUGUCGAACGUUUAGCUUAUCGAAUUCAGUGUGAUGCUUGUUCAGGAACUAACAUUCCAAGUAACAUCAGCAAUGAUUACUGGAAUAAUGAAGCUCAUUCGGCCAUGACAGGUGUAAAUAUUUGGCCGACAGACAAAGGUUUCGAUUACGAUUUAGCUUUGACUCAUAUUGCUUCUAACAAUUCCGUCCAUAUUCACAAUACUAUUGUUGUCGGUUCUAUUAUACCAAAUGAUUGUGCCGACAUUGUUAAUAGUUCAUCUAUCAGUAUUGCAUUAGCACCAAAAGCUAUACCAACUGUAGCAUCACCAAACGCAACAGAUAGUCCACAAGGUCGAUGUGGCAUUGUUUUUCCAUAUAUUUCUCCCAAUAACAAAAUGCCGGUGAAACCUUGGACAGGCAUUAAAGCUUAUCCAUCCGUUGAUGGAGGUAUGUUCAUUACAAACACUACUUUAGCAUUCUUCAAUGAUGUAUGUGGUCGACAUGACACAGCUAUUCAAGUUGGACAACAUAAUGAUGAUGGACAAUUUCCUGUAAUGACAAGUUCAAUGUCAAUAUUCAAUACAUCUCGACGUAAUAUCAUCUUCAAUGGACGUCCAAACCUACAAGUUGUCAACUCAGCUGAUUGUGUUGAUAUGGACUGUGAUGGUCUUAAGAAAGCUUUACUAAUUGAUAUGGAUGGUACAUUUUUUGGGCAACCAGGUAGUGCUAUUUCUCAGGCUGAAUAUCUAUGGGGUGAUCAACAACAUGGUAUCGGUGAUUUUCGAAUACCAUUCGUGGCACUUUCGAACAUGACUGGUCAUCAAAUCAAUAUUAGUGCAACUUAUCCAUAUCGAGGUAUCAACUUAGCUCCAACAUGUGCUUAUGAAUCGGCGUGGCAAAUGUAUUUUUGCAACAAUACACUCGAUUAUCGCAUGUUAAUUAUUGAAAGUAUGGAUCCAGAUACAGAAACACGACGUCUUUCACCUGUUGCCAUCAUGUCCGACAAUGGAUAUAUUGACCUUAUUAAUGGCCCUCAAGAUCAUGGCUGUUGUAACGGUUAUACUUGCCGGAAACGUGUGUCAACAUUUAUGGCCAUCGUAGAAUCUUAUCAUACAUAUUUGAUUUAUCUAACAAGUACUCAACCAAAUCAAAUGCGAUUUCGAGUUUUAAAUAGUGAUGCAAGAAUCAAAGUUAUUUUGGCUCUUCGCUAUGAUUCAUUGCAACAAAUUGAUGUUUAUGCAAAUGAUAUUUAUGUAUCACCAACUAAUCGAGAUUCAAGUUAUUCUUUUCUAAUGCUAACUGAUCAAUCGAACAAUGUGACUUUUUCUUCACCAGCUGGCUCUAAUUAUUUCAAUAGAACUACACAAAUGGCUUAUUUUGCAAUCGAUGGUCUUACAGUGAUUGAUCUCAAAAUAUCUCCAUUACUCGUACUCACUUUCCGCUUACCACCAGUAACUCCAUCAUCAUUUUUUUCGAACAAUCUUGUUACUAAUUUGGCUACUUUGCUUGGAGUGAAUAUGAACAUGAUUCGACGUGUUAAUAUCAUCUCGGCUAAUAAUAAUACUCGAGUGCGUCGUCAAAACUCAAUGACUGAUUUUUAUUUACAAGUUGAAUUGUAUAAUGAGCCAGCAAACAAUUUGACAUCGUACAAUACAACACAAGAUGAAGUCUUGUUAAAUUUAACAUCCACAAUUCUUAGUCAAUAUCAAUCGGGUGAAUUACAAGCAAUAUGGGCUCGAGAUCCAUCAACGAAUAAUACGAGUCCGACAGGUUUAACAGUACAAGAGCCAUUUAGUCAAACAAUGGAUGAAUUAAAGGUUAUUAACCGUAUUGAACUUGUAACUCAGCCGAGUUCUUGUCGUGAACAAAGUCCAUGUACAAUUCAACCAGUAAUUGUUGCAUAUGAUUCUAAUGGAAAUAUUAUUCAGAAAUUAGGUUCCAUUCAACAUCCAUGGCAAGUGAUCGCUAGUUUGGUAGGUCAACCGAAUGCAUUUGUACCUGGUUCUAUUGCUAAUUAUUCGAAUGGACAAACACAAUAUAGUUUAUUUGGAUUGGCAUCUGUUGGUACUUAUCAAGUUCAAUUCAUGUUUAUUUCACCGAUGGUUGUUAUUGAUAGUUCAUUUAUGACAACAUCUAAUUUUACGGUUAUUUCAUCAAUAAUUACUGUCACACAAGCAAUAUUAGCUGGCAUUGAAGUGGAUCAUGUCUAUGUGACAACAGUAAACGAACAAUUUAAUGUAUCUGUAAUGCCUAUCGACAGUGUUACUCGUCGUCGUAUUGGACAGAUCGUUUGGGGAAAUUGGACUUGGACGCGUUCAGUUUCAUUUUACGCUUUUCCUCAAUGCAAUCGUUCGACUACACUAAUCAUUAGUCCAUCAUCAAGAACUCUCAUUAAUUUAUCAGCUGGCACAGUAACGAUCACAGAUAUUGCAAUCAAUGCAACUGGCAUGUUCAUAUUAAAUAUAAGUUUAGUUUCAACAAACAAUAUGUAUACAAUUCAAGUUAUAACUAAUGGCAUACUUGUAAAAUCAAAUAACAAUGAGCUUGAAGUUGAGACAGGUGAUCCAGACACAUAUAUAAACUCUGAUGGAAACUACGAUUCAUUGGCAGCAACUGAUGUACUUGAAUUAACACGAGUCAUUAUUUACAAUAAUUUACUAUGCAUUGGUAUGCCAGUGACUAGUGAUAUCACACUGUGGAAAGAGAUUGGUAGUGAUCGUUGGCCUCUUGAAUUGUCUUCAAAAUCGACAACAGGUCUUAUUGCUGCAUUUAUUGUUGGCUCAUCUCAAACACAAGUUGCAACAGCUGUGAAUAUGAUUAAGUCUAAUCCUAAUAUCAUGCCACAACUUAAGAUUUUAUCAAUUACUAUUCGUAGUCAAGCAUACAGUAUUUCAUCUCCGUCUGGAGGAACAGGCAGCAGUUCGACCACUGAAAACACUGCGGGAAAUACUAAUACUAUUGGUCUGAUUGUAGGUCUCGUUGUAGGCAUUGUUGGUGGUUUGAUACUUUUAAUUGGAAUCAUUUUGGGUUUGAAAGCCUACAAGGAUAAACAUGAACGUGUUUUUUCAAAACGUGACGACAUGGUAAACUUGAAUGAGUUGCUCACUUUUCAUAAUGAUCAUGAUCCGAUAAUUCAAACCGAAACAAAAGACAAGAAAAAUUUCAAAAUUCUGAAAAACGAACCACCCACAGCAUUGCAAUUGCAUCCUUCCCACAUUCAGCUACAUCCAUCCAUAGAGCAUGUCGAAUCUGACAUACCACCUGGAGCUCUUACUACCACACCACUCGACUAUACAAUCCCACAUGAUGGACAUAAUGAUGGUACUAUGAUGCCAGAAGUGGAAAAAAUGUAA